AUGGCAUCGCUACAAUAUAUUUUUCCCUUGCUAUUCAUCUUACCCUUUAUCGCGGCUUGGAAUCCCGUCCUCCGUUCCAAUGACAUAAACAGUAUUCGACGGGCGGAGCUGCUAAAACACAACGAAGACAGUUCUGACUUUGGAGUAUACCAAAGAAAUGGCAGGGAAGCAAGCGACUUGCAGAGAGCCUUCUCCGAUUACUUAAAGUCCAGUCAUUUUAUCGCCUUAAUUUUUGUUACUGACCCAUUAUCUAUCUAUCUAUCUAUCUAUCUAUCUAUCUAUCUAUAUAGGUCUGUUCUUUCUUUCUUUCUUUCUUUCUUUCUUUCUUUUCCAUUUCGUCCUUUGUUUAAGGGCUUGGUGACAGUUGAAACUGUUUUCUUUCUCUAUCUCCUUCAUCUCGGCGUGGCGUCCUUCGAGAUAUUUUCUUCCUUUCUUUCUUUUUCCCAUAGAUCUUUCCUCACUUUUUUCUUUUCUUUUUCUAUAAGCUGUCUUCUGUCUCUCUUUCUCCUCGAUGUAGCGGCAUUCCGCAUACGUCGUCAAACGGAUCCGUCUAUUCCACUCGGAGAUGAAUUCUCCUCGCAAUUUCGCGAACACGUCUUCUCAGUCGUGGUCAAUUUUCAACUACGAACCUUUUCCCAUUACGGGUGUAAUGGGGUCAUCGACACUCUCUCUCAUCUUCAGGGUCAGAGAAAGUUUAGUUUAAAGUGUAUCAACUUCUUCUAUCUGGAAUCUAUUCGUGUAAAUCAUGAUGUCAACACGCUGACCAAAAGAGAAGUAAAGGGUACAUUCUGGUCAAUCCUUGUCGCCACUAAGUCUACCUAUCUCUUUGGGUUUACGAUCUUUAUUCUUUACGUUUCUGUAAGUACUGGGCUCUUUAUUUUAGAAUGCUUCUAA